AUGUCCUCGUCGAAAGAGACGGAAGUCAUACUUGCGCGUCCAACUAGAGUAAAGAAUAAAUCGUCUGCAUCCAAUCAAAUCACAGCGGAGCAGAUUCUUCGUGAGUCUCGGGAGCGUCAAGAGGCGGAGAUCCGUCCACCGAAGCAGAAGAUAACCGAUGCGACGGAGCUUGGCGAGUCCCGCUUGCGGAAGCGUAAAGAGUUUGAGGACUCGAUUCGGCGAUUUCCACGGAGCAAUGGCGAGUGGAUCAAGUACGCCCAGUGGGAAGAGUCACAGGGUGACUUCAAACGCGCUCGCUCCGUUUGGGAAAGAGCACUGGAAGUUGACCCCAAGAAUUGCAUCCUGUGGCUCAAGUAUGCGGAGGUAGAGGCGAAGAACAAGUUCCUAAACCAUGCUAGGAACGUUUGGAAUCGCGCGGUUACUCUUUUGCCGAGGGUUGAUCAGUUAUGGUAUAAAUAUAUUCACAUGGAGGAGAUGCUCGGCAAUGUCGCCGGAGCGAGGCAGGUUUUCCAGAGGUGGAUGAAAUGGAUGCCUGACCAGCAGGGAUGGCUCUCUUUCAUCAAAUUUGAGAUGAGGUACAAUGAAAUUGAGCGAGCUCGAGGGAUAUUCGAGCUUUUUGUUCAGUGUCACCCGAAGGUUGGGGUUUGGAUUCACUAUGCCAAGUUUGAAAUUAAGAAUGGGGAGGUUGCUAAGGCAAGGCAUGUUUAUGAGAGAGCGGUGGAGAAGCUUGCGGAUGAUGAGGAAGCAGACCAGCUGUUUGCUGCAUUUUCUGAGUUUGAGGAAAGAUGUAAGGAGACAGAAAGAUCAAGAUAUAUAUAUAAAUUUGCAGUUGAUCAUAUUCCCAAGGAAAGGGUAGAAGAUUUGAAUCGAAAGUUUGUGGCCUUUGAAAAGCAGUAUGGGGACAGGGAAGGGAUCGAGGAUGCUAUUGUUGGGAAGAGAAGGUUUCAGUAUGAGGAUGAAGUGAGAAAAAAUCCUUUAAAUUACGAUUCGUGGUUUGACUAUAUUAGAUUGGAAGAAAGUGUGGGGAGCAAAGAAAGAAUCAGGGAGGUUUAUGAGAGAGCUAUAGCCAAUGUUCCUCCAGCUGAGGAGAAGCGCUACUGGCAGCGCUAUAUCUAUUUGUGGAUUAAGUAUGCACUCUACGAAGAGCUUGAUGCUGGUGAUGUGGAGCGAACAAGAUAUGUUUACAGUGAGUGUCUCAACCAGAUACCUCACUGUAAGUUCUCUUUUGCGAAGAUAUGGCUUCUGGCAGCCCAGUUUGAAAUUCGUCAGCUGAAUCUUAAGGGUGCUCGUCAAAUAUUAGGAAAUGCCAUUGGAAAGGCUCCUAAAGAUAAGAUUUUUAGGAAGUAUAUAGAGAUGGAACUGCAGCUUGGUAAUAUAGAUCGAUGUAGAAAAUUGUAUGAAAAGUAUCUGGAGUGGUCGCCUGAAAAUUGCUAUGCUUGGAGCGAGUAUGCAGAAUUGGAGAGAUCUUUAUCUGAGACUGAUCGAGCUCGAGCAAUUCUUGAGCUUGCAAUCGCCCAACCAGCAUUGGACAUGCCUGAGCUGUUGUGGAAGGUACACACAAAAUUUAUUUCUUGUGUGAGUCAAUGCGUGACAUACUCGCAUUUAACUGUGUGAUUCAUUCUUUAUGAAGUGCAGGAAUUUACUUGAAUUUUAGGGUUGUUGAUGGAAAGGGAAAUUAUGGAAAUAGGUCGGGUAGCUUUUUACUUCUAUAUCAGAGCAAAAUUUAAGCAAGCAAACUGUAGCAUCAUGCUGUAACCUUAGUAUAUUAAUUCUAAAUAAUUUUUAAUCCUAAAAAUAGUGAAUUGGACAGGCUGUUUCAUCAUUGACAUGUCAUUUAUACUGUGCUUCUGAGAUGGUUAGUCUUGGCUUCUGAGAUGGUCAGACAGGCUGUUUCAUCAUUGACAUGUCAUUAUAUAAACAGUGCUUCUGACAUGCUAUAAGCCUUGGCUUCAGAGAGGAGCAUGAGUAAUUCCAACACUUUAUGUAAUUCAAUGUUACUGUAUACUAGCUAAAAUUUGAAGAAUGUAAUGUCUCUUCUUUUGUAACCUGGUGAAUACUUAAGAGCUAUACAUUUAUGUGAAAAGAAUUGUCAAUAGGUAAGGCUGCCUUUUUUUAAUUUUGAGGCGGAUUGUGAACCCUACUUAUGCAAGAUGGUUGGUCAUCAUGUAUGGCUGAAUGGAGAAU